AUGCAUAAAAUGGAUGAUUUUUCUUGCAAGACCCAGAUGUGCAAUUCGUCUCUGCAGGAUAUUCUGGAUGCUAGAAGCUUUUCAAGGGGAUCACCUUCAAGGCUUGAUGCCUUUAUUUAGUCACUGGAAAAGGACAGAGACUGCCAUAAAUGUGAGACUGAGAAUUUGUUGAAGGUAUUAAGAAACACAUUCUCAAGUCCUAAAUAAAUCUCAGCUUGGGGCAGCAUAAAAAAAUCCAAAAAACAUCCAUUCAGGUGAGCUUGGGAAGGAGUGGUUUCUGAUCCAGAAGUCUUGAAAAUAUUGAGAGAAUGUGAAGACCUUGAGUCAACAUGGAAGAUAAAUUAACGUGUGGCAGAAAUUCAGGGUAACUUCAAAGUUUUAACAGCUGAGAGAGACAAAAUUCUCAAUCUUUAUGAACUGACACAGGAGGAGAUUUCCCAGCUUUGUCAGGAAGUUAUAAUAUGCCCCAGGACUCCUAAAAGCAUCACUCCUAUGACAGCUCAAGCUGUAUUAAGACACGUGGAGAUAGAAAGGAAUACAGCACUGUCAGAUUGCCAAAGGAUGGCUACAGAAUGUCAUAGCCUCGGGGAGCAGUUACAGAUUUCCCAAGAAACUGCCUUUAAUGAAAAGGCUCAUUUGGAACAGACAGUUGAAGAACUUUAAACUACUAUUCACAAUGUAAGUUUAUUGAAUGAAAAGACAGAACUGAGUCUUUCAGAGAUUGAGUGAAGCCUUGUGAAGAAAAAACUUAAAAUGCAACUUAGCCAGGAGAAAGUACUAUAUAAAAAACUAGCAAAGUGCCCAACUGAGCUUGAUGAUAUGAAGUUGAAAGCCCAGGAUUCAAACAGAGAUAUUUGCAGGCUGAAGCACGUGCUGAAGCCUAAAGCGAGAGAGAGAACUGUGAGCUCUUAUCACAAAGCCUGUGAACAAGGAGAAAGUUGGGAAACAAAAUGCCAUGAAGCAGAAACAGGCUAUUCUGUUAGGCUGGCACUGAUCAGUGCAGUCUGAGAGCUACAAUGGAAAGGGAAAAUAGAGUCCCUUGAAACACAGAUGGAGCAAUUGAAAAACAAGUGUGAAUCAAACCAUUCUGAAACAGAGCUGCUGAGAACACUGGGAAAUGAAAAAGCAUCUAUGAAAAACCUGGAAUCUUUGCUUGUGUCCAAUUGUGAGAAUGAAUUUCAGUCACAGAGAGCAAACCAAGAGAAAGUCUCUGAAAUUCAGUUUCACAAGGAACAGCUUGCUUUAGCAGAAAAUAAUCUUGCUGUGCAGAAUCAAGAUUUUACUCACCUCAGAAACAGAGCAGCUCAGUUAGAGUCAGAACUGGAUAUCACCAAAACACAGCUGGAGACUGAGCACUCUGAUAGGCAAGUGUAUGUUUUUGAGGGUCUUCCUGAAGGCGACAUCUCAUUUUUCAGCCGCUUUAAGACAAGUCACCACGGAUUGAAAAAGUCAGUUCGCCCAGCCUUCCUUCUCACCUCUUGCAUAGAAGCUGAGCUUGAAACGCCCCAUUUGAAGAUCCCAAGGGCACUUCUGUUCGCAGAUGCAAGCAGCUUCAGCAGAAGCCUUUCACCAGAUACCAGCGCAAGGAUCCUGACUGUAGCUACGUGUGCAAUUGCCCCGCCACCUCCAACACUCGCUCGAGAAAAUGCAGAUGGCCCGUCGCUACCUUAA